UUCAAUCUAUUGAUUCCUACAUAGUGUCGCCUUUCAGUCUAUUGGUCCCUACAAUUAGACGAAAAUAAAACAUUGGAGAACACGGAGGAGCUGCUCCCGAUUGCAACAUAUCUAAGGAAAUCCAAUUGACGCAGUUCCUGGCUUACAAUCAAAAUGCCCACAUUCUAUUUCGUGAUUGUGGGUCAUCAAGACAAUCCCAUAUUUGAAAUGGAAUUCCCAGCAGUGAGCAAAGAGAUGAGGAAAGAGGAUCAUCGUCAUCUCAGCCAAUUUAUCGCGCAUGCUGCUCUUGAUUUGGUGGACGAACACAAGUGGAAGACACCCAAUAUGUAUUUAAAAUCGAUUGAUCGAUUCAAUCAAUGGUUCGUCUCGGCAUUUGUUACAGCCAGUCAGAUACGUUUCAUUAUCGUCCACGACCAGAAAAAUGAUGAGGGCAUCAAGAAUUUCUUUAACGAAAUGUAUGAAACGUAUGUUAAGUAUUCCAUGAAUUCCUUUUAUAAAAUCAACACUCCCAUUAAGUCACCAACAUUCGAGAAAAAGGCACAGCUAUAUGGUCGAAAGUAUCUUUUAUCUUAAGGUUUUCAUAUUGUAUUGUAAUAAGUGGUACCUAGUGUUGUAAACAUACCUUUAUUUUCGUUAGGUACAUGUACAUUUUAUAAUUUAGUUCGUGUUUGUAAAAUAAAUUAGAAUACUAUAUUCCAACAAAA